AUGGAAUCCUUACUUGACUGGUUUCUCAAUACGACAAACAUCCCUAUGAGGAUUUCCUGGUCCCAAUGGUUGCGGCAGAGCAGUUCCAUGCGGAUUGCGUGUCGUACGAUAUGCUUGCUUCCUCGGCCCACAGCUAAAAGUUAUAGUGCACAAGUCGGUCAUCAGUCAUCCUUCCAGCCAAUCAGCUUUCCUGGGACCCCACUUUCUUAA